CAGGGGCGGCCCCGGAGGCGGCGCCGGCCAAGGGGCGGAGCCUCGUAGCUCCUCCUCGCGGGCGGAGGCCGGAGGUUCGCGGCGGCCUCCCGGUACCGACUGGUCACAAACUUGAGCGAGGUGGACGUUCCAGCCGCCUAGGAUGAGGAGGUGCGGCCGCCGCUCGGGGUCGCCGUCGCAGCUGCUGCUGCUGCCGCCGCCGCUGCUGCUGCUGCCGCCGCUGCUGCUGCUCGCGGUGCCCGGCGCUGGCGCGGCCAAGCUCUCGGUGCUCUACUCGUCCUCGGACCCUCUGACGGUGCUGGAUGCCGACACGCUGCGCCCGGCGGUGCUCCGCUCCUCCAGCGCCUGGGUGGUGGAGUUCUUCGCCUCCUGGUGUGGCCACUGCAUCGCCUUCGCCCCGACGUGGAGGGAGCUGGCCAACGACGUGCAGGACUGGAGGCCGGCCCUGAAUCUUGCUGUCCUGGACUGUGCUGAUGAGGCCAAUACUGCUGUCUGCAGAGACUUCAACAUCCUAGGCUUCCCAACUGUGAGGUUUUUUAAGGCCUUCUCCAAGAGUGGUCCUGGCACAGCGUUAUCAGUGGCUGGUGCUAACGUGGAGACGCUACGUAGGAGGCUCAUUGAUGCUCUGGAGUCCCACAAUGACACAUGGCCCUCAGCCUGUCCACCACUGAAGCCUAUCAAGAUGAAGGAGAUCAACAAAUUCUUUACAAGAAAUAACAUAGAGUACUUGGCCCUGAUCUUUGAAAACAAAGACUCCUACCUGGGUAGAGAGGUAGCUCUGGACCUGUCCCAGCGCCAUAUACCGGUGCGCAGGGUCUUGAAUACCGAGAAAGACGUGGUGAACAAGUUUGGUGUCACUGAUUUCCCAUCAUGCUACCUGCUCUUUCGGAAUGGCUCUGCCUCCCGAGUGCCUGUGCUGAUGGAGUCCAGGUCUUUCUACACAUCGUACCUCCGGGGACUGUCUGGACCGAUCAGGGAGACCUCCUCAACCACAGCGGCGCCGGUCACUACUGAGAGUAUAGCACCCACAGUGUGGAAUAUUGUAGACCACUCCAAGAUCUACAUGGCCGACCUGGAAUCCUCACUACAUUACAUCUUGCAUGUAGAAGUGGGAAAGUUCUCGGUUCUGGACGGACAUCGCCUGGCGGCCCUGAAAAAGUUUAUUGCCGUAUUGGCCAAGUACUUCCCUGGCCGGCCUUCGGUCCAGAACUUCCUGUUCUCUCUAAAUGACUGGCUCUACAAGCAGCAGAGAAAGAAGAUGCCCUACAGUUUCUUUAGAGCUGCGAUGGACGACAGGAAGAAGGACUCGGUUCUCGAUGAGAAGGUGAACUGGGUUGGCUGCCAAGGCAGUGAGCCACAUUUCCGGGGCUUUCCCUGCUCCCUGUGGGUCCUCUUCCACUUCCUGACUGUGCAGGCAAGUCGGUAUAGUGAAAACUACCCACAAGAACCAGCUGACGGCCAGGAGGUCCUCCAAGCCAUGCGGAACUAUGUUCGGUUCUUCUUUGGCUGUCGAGACUGUGCUAACCAUUUUGAGCAGAUGGCUGCUGCCUCUAUGCACCGCGUGACAAGUCCCAAGAGUGCAGUUCUCUGGCUCUGGACUAGCCACAACAGGGUUAACGCUCGCCUCUCGGGUGCUCCGAGUGAGGACCCCGUCUUCCCCAAAGUGCAGUGGCCACCCCGUGACAUGUGUUUUGCCUGCCAUAAUGAACUCAGCGGACAGCAGCCUGUGUGGGAUGUAGAUGCCACCUUCAACUUUCUCAAGGCUCACUUCUCCCCAGGAAACAUCAUCAUGGACUCUCCUGCAGCUGGACUAACAACCCAGAGGGGUCCCCAGAAUCCGGAAACUACCCCAAAGCUGGUAAUGGAUGCAUUAAAACUGGAGACCAGAAAUUCAGUGCUGGGCCAUGAGCAGGCUGCUUCUACAAAGUCCCCUGGAGCUCCUGCCCUAGAUGUUCGAGCUGAGAAGCCUGAAGCAAGUGACCCCCAGGAACUAUACACAGGCCUCAGAAUGAGUGGCGCUCCACCAGGGCAGGGCCCUCCUGAGCACAUGGAAGAGCUUCAGAGGGAUACACAGGAGCAUGCCCAGGGCCAGCAUCACUUGAGCAAGAGACACAGUGAGGCCUUAUUGCUGCCUGAGGUGAACCACCUCCAAGGCUCUUUAGAGCUAAGGCGAGGGGGCCGCAGCCCCAAGCAACUAGCCAGCAUACCUGAAGGGGGACCAGAGGCCCGAGCUGUACAGGAAAAAGGCCCGUGGCUACAGGUUCUGGGAGGGGGUUUUUCCCACCUGGACAUUAGCCUCUGUGUGGGGCUCUACUCUGUGUCCUUCAUGGGCUUACUAGCCAUGUACACCUACUUCCGGGCCAGGAUGAGGACCCUGAAGGGCCAUGCUAGUCACCCCGUAGCCUGAACUGUCCAGGAAGAGGACAGGAAAUGGAGCUGCCAUCCAUAGAGCUUUUUUGGCCCCCUGACCCCCUUGCUUCCCCUCUACCCUUCUUCCCUUUUCUCCCUGAGCGUAGCAAGAAAGCUAGCUGUUACAGUGAGCCCUGGAGUCUGCUGUGAAGGAGUCCAUAGACAAGACAGGGUCCCAGUGUCAUCUGACCAGCACGGGGCAGGGCAGCCUACGGCAGGGGUCGGGGGGGUUCCGGGAGGCUCAGGCCCUGGCUUCAGCACCAAAUUCCUGUUUUUCAGCUUAUGUGAAGUCCUCCCCAUUCCCGCUGAAGUCUCAAUGUCUCCUGCUUGGUCUUGGCCUUAAAUUGAGGCAGACAAGUCCAGAGUUUCCAUCCAGAAGAGAGUAUCCUGGGCUGGGUGGGCUGGAGUGGACCUCCUCAGUGCAUUCUGAGGUUCUGUCUCCUUCCCUCCCUCUCAACGUGAAGAAAAAGCAGCAUCACUCCUGCCCUACCCAGCUUCGGCACCUCAGACCCGAGUGGGCUUUGGCUACAGGAGUGUGGGUCUGGAAGCCUCAGGAGGUGAUCCUGGUCUUCCAGGUUCAAACUAGAGUUUCUGCUGCAAGGGUGUAGUUUGAGGUCGGUGGGGUUUGGCAGGCUGGGUGGGUGACAGUGGCUGGACUGUGGGCUGUGCUGCUUACUUGGUGGCAGGGGUAAAGGGGUGGGUGACGCUGGGUCCAGGUAGUCCUGUGCUCGCUGUGAGAGGGCAGACUUCUCUCUGAGCUGGGGCUCUCGUCUUUUAUUUUGUUCUCUAAAAUCAAUCCUGACUGUUGGACGUGGAAGGUGCUGGGUUGAGAGCAGUGGAGGAGGGGUUUCCUCUUUGGGUUCCACUGCGGGCAGGCAGAGGUGGAAAGAGGCUGGGACACAUGCUUCCUUCCCACUCUCCCACUACUGCUUGGGAGGGGCGAAUAAAAUUAUUUUUGUUAAGUCACA